GAACGAAAACAUUGACCCUUGAUGUUGGCGGUCGGCCAUCUGCAGCUGCAGCCACGUCAUAUUUGUGUGUUGUCCUGUCGGAUCCACGAGGAUUUUCACUCGCUUUUCCUCUGAUAUUAGAUUGAAAAGAAAGAAAAGCAAGGAUAUGAAUAUAUUUCGGCUAUUGGGUGACCUUUCCCAUCUUCUCGCAAUCAUUGUGCUUCUGCUAAAGAUAUGGAAGACGAGAAGUUGUGCCGGUAUCAGUGGCAAGUCACAGAUUUUGUUUGCCAUUGUCUACACGGCGCGCUACCUUGACUUGGUCACCACCUAUAUCUCUGCGUAUAACACAUUCAUGAAACUCAUCUUCGUCGUUGCAGCUUAUGCGACAGUUUAUCUUAUGUACAUCAAGUUUAAGGCUACCUAUGACCACAACCACGAUACAUUCAGAUUGGAGUUUCUUAUCAUUCCAACCCUUGCAUUGGCGCUGUUGAUUAACCAUGAACUUACUUUAUUGGAAGUUCUGUGGACGUUUAGCAUUUACUUGGAAUCCGUUGCUAUUUUACCUCAACUAUUUUUGGUGUCAAAGACAGGAGAGGCUGAGAGCAUCACCAGUCACUACCUCUUUGCUCUCGGUUCUUAUAGAGGUCUUUAUCUCUUAAAUUGGGUUUACCGCUACUAUGCUGAGGACCAUUAUGAUCUCAUUGCCAUAGUAGCUGGUCUAGUUCAGACUGUUUUAUAUUGCGAUUUCUUCUACCUUUAUAUCACCAAAGUGCUCAAGGGCAAGAAGCUACAGCUACCCGCCUAACAUGUAUUAAAAAAAAGGUACCUAAUUUGUGUGAGCUAACUGCCAACAAAAAUUACCACCAAGAUGCCCAAAGGCUAUCAAACUCAGCAGUUAUCAACUUAUUGAGCCGAGAAUCGAGCUAAUGAAGUUGAGCUUAGAUCUAGGCUUCAUUCCUAAUCAAUCUAUCUUUUUCUUCAUCCCCUGCCAUCUAUUGGUCAUAUUUCCUCUUCUGUUUUUCCUCUGUUUUUGUUUUUCACAAAUGUAAAUACAGAUGCGCACUGUGCAUCAGAGUAUCGGGCUUCACAACAAUUUUCAAUUAUGCUCCGCCUAAGGGCAAUACACAAGUUUGCCUUUCACCAUCGGUGCAAAAAUCAUUGCUCGACAACAGUCGGUGGAAUUGUAUAGGCACCCGGAUGAUUAAAACGAGUAGAAUGAGUAGAGAAAAAUUGCCCUUUGUAACGUUUAAGCUGUUAUAUUAUAAUUCUAAUUAAUUGAAGAUGACUAAUAAUUAAUAUAACUAUAAAUUGUACAAGUUCAAUAAAACCAAAAGACCGAUAAAACUGAG